AUGUCUACAGAAAAGCCAGGCCGUACCAUAUUAGCGUCUUCUAUUUCUAAAACUUACGUUCAAGAAAUUACUGGAAAGGUGGAAAGUCUCAGGAAUAUUAGACCAGAUGGUCCGUUAUUAGUUGGGUUUUUGGCCAAUAAUGAUCCAGCUGCAGAGAUGUACGCUUCCUGGACUCAAAAGACUUGCGAGUCUAUGGGGUUCCGUUACGAGUUGAGAAGAAUUGAAGAUAGAGACUUCUUGGAAGAAGCUAUCAUCGAUGCUAACCAAGAUGAUUCCGUUGAUGGUAUCAUGAUCUAUUUCCCUGUGUUCGGAAACGCACAAGAUCAGUAUUUGCAACAAGUGGUAUCAAGGGAAAAAGAUGUAGAAGGGUUGAAUCACGUUUAUUAUCAGAAUAUGUACCAUAACAUUAGAUAUUUGGAUGAUCAGAAACAGUUGAAAUCGAUACUACCAUGCACUCCAUUAGCUGUAGUGAAAAUCUUGGAGUAUUUGAAAGUUUAUAACAAUUUGUUACCAGAAGGGAACAGACUCUAUGGGAAGAAAUGUGUUGUAGUGAAUAGAUCUGAAAUUGUUGGUAGACCUCUAGCUGCUCUGUUAGCAAAUGAUGGUGCUGAUGUGUUUUCUGUUGAUAUCAACAACAUUCAGAAGUUCACACGUGGGCAAGGUUUGAAGUUUACGAAACAUCAUGUAGAAGACUUGGGUGCAUAUUCAGAGGAGCUAUUGAAGGAAUGCUGUAAAGAUGCUGACGUGAUAAUAACAGGUGUUCCUGGUGAAAAAUACAAGUUCCCUACUGAUUACAUUAAAGAAGGCGCUAUCUGUAUCAAUUUUUCCUCAGAGAAGAAUUUCGAUGAGUCUGUGAAAUCAAAAGCAUCGCUAUACGUUCCAAGCACCGGUAAAGUAACCAUCUCCAUGCUGUUGAGAAACAUGCUCAGAUUAGUAGAGAACAAACAAAAAUUGCAAAACCGUUCAGCCUCCACGAAUUAA